AUGAAAGACUUUAAAUAUAAUAGUUAUUUAACAUACACUUUUAAUCUAUCAAUAAAGGAAAUGAAGAGAAUUUUAGAAUUAGAACGCUUCCAAGCAUGGGAGAUUAAUCAAAAAUAGAAAAUAGUUAAAUAUACUAUCAAUAACUCUGUUUCCAUAAAAUUAAGUUAUUUGCUUCUAUUCAUUGUAAUAUUUAAUAUAUUUUAGGAAGCCGAUUUCUUGAGAUUUUCUCUUGCAUAAAUGAUUCAAUUAGGGAUCGAUAUUUAUAAUAAGUAUAAAUAACUUGAAAAUAAUAAAAUUUAACAUAAAUAUUUAAGUUCAGAUCGAAUAUACUUACAAUUUGAAAAUGAAUCGUAAGCUUUGAGUAUAUUGCCAAAAGAAUUAAGGUAUUCAAUACAUUUUACUGGUUAUGACUGUCCUUUUUACGAAUUGGAAAAUUAUGAUUCUGUUUAAAAAAGCGAUGAAUAAUCAGUUAAAGAAAUAAUUACACAUAUCAUAUAAAUUGCCAAAAAUAAGUUUAAAGAAAAAUAAAAAAAAAUACUUUAAUAGUAAAAUGGUACUGAGAAGCUUUAAUAAAGAUUAUAAACCCUUUAAGCUGAAGAAGAAAUUUAUUAGAAGAUAUAUAAUGAGGGAAUAUGCAUAUCGCUUGAGCAGUUUAUUUUAAAAUCUGAUGAUAUAUUUACGUAAUUUGGUAAUUCAAACAAUUAACGAUAACUAUUAGUAGAUGUCGAUUUAAGAUUUGAUGAUAAAAUAUUUUGGAGAAAAUUUAGAUCAAAAAAAGUAAGUUAGAAUUUUGUAAAUAUUAUAUAAUCUACUUAAUCAAGCUUAAAAUGGAUCAGAGUUGAAUAGCUUUUAAUCGAAACCAUUCCAUUAAUAAUGAAAGAAGUGAAAAAAUCUUAUUUUUACUCUGAUUAAAAUCAAGUGCAAAAUAGAUAAUUUAUUAAUAUAUAACUUAUAAUUGGAUGCAUGAAUAUGGAAGAUAUUAAUAAUUCAAUAGAUCUAUUAUUAAAAAAAGCUUAAGAAAAAUAUAAAUUUGAUUUAGAUAAAUAGUUUAUUUUUAAAAAAACCAUCACAUCACUACCUGAUAGAUUAAGUAUGUUGAAUUACUUUUAUAAUAAUGUUAACUUUUAAAUAGAAAUUAACGAAAAGCUAAUUAAAUUAAUUAACAAUUUAAAAUAAAAACUAUUAAAUAAAAUAGUAGAAGAAAAUGUCAAAGAAUAAAUAGAAUUACACAUCAUUUAGAUGUUAGAAGAAAUAUUUUGA